CCCGCGCUCCCGAUCCCGCCGGCCUUCCACGGCGCCGCCUCCUCCUCCCGCGCCAAGUACCGCAUGGCCAUGGGCGCCGACCGCAAGUUCGCCGGCAAGCCAGCUCCAGAGGAUGAGGAUGAGGAUGAGGAUGAGGAUGAGGACGCGAAUGAGGACAAGUGGACCAAGGUGGCAUCGCGGAAGUACGGGAUGGCUCGCGGCGUGUCCCCGGACCCCGACCCCGUGGUGCCCACUGAGGAUGAGUACGAGCAAGAUGACUUCGGUGCGGGAAGCUGGAGGAGGUUGGGUGUCCGUAUGAGGGACUUGACAAAGUGGAUUCGUAUCAGUGAGUCCGUUAUGGCGGGGCUCUCAGACAGGAUCCACGGACAUGUUAUCUAGGCACUUGGAGUCGGUCGAACAAGAGCCACCUUUACAAUGAGUCUAUGGUUUCGUCCCCAACUAAAAACUAUAUGGCUUAAUGUAAUGCUUCAGUUUUAUUUCUGCUGUCUGUGAUGUGGAUUAUCUCAUGGAUGUUUAAGUGAUUGAACUGAAAUGAAAUGUGGUGGAUA